AAGAGGAUAUCCUUCAGUACAAAUUAUUACAAACGAGCUGGAGCCCUGAAGUACCAAAAUCAACCACUUUCUUUCUAAAAAUUACAUUAAGGCUCAUCACAAAUGGAGGUUGCAGAAAUGGAUGAAGCCCUGAAGGUGUUGGACUCCUCUCUUUCUCUUAUCAAAUGGCGUCUCAAAUUUUCAACGAAGCGCCGACUCGAAAUUGAUAUACUAGCUUUGUGUACAGGAAUGAGGCCAGCUGUAAUGAUAGACUACGGUGGAAAGAUGCCUGAACUACAGGAGCGACUAUGUCAACUUAUGAAACUUAUUCAAAAGGAGUCACCCAUUUUUGAGCAUUUGAGAGUAAUGGUUAUAGAAGAUAUGAUAUAUUUGAUACAUGUAAGAGGACUUGCUGAGCAUGUUAGGUUAAGCUUGAGCUCAGAAGCGCAGCUGGUUUUUGUGGACCUUGAACAUGAUCCUCCAAAGAUGAUAACACAAGCAGAAAAAAGCCCAAUAGGAAUGCAGCUUGUAUCAAUUCAGAAGUCUUUCUCUUUGUUAUUUCCUCAAGAUGGAAUGAAAGAUGAUCUCCUGCCAUGUCACAGGGCAGAUAACAUGGCUGAUGCCAAGUCUUCAACAAAUGAGCUUAUGACUUCUCAAUCUUCUUCUGCCUUUAUUGAUCUUAGUAGCUGCAUGCAAGAUACACAGGUCACUGUGCCAACUUUAAAUGGAUGGCUUCUUGGUUAUCCAGUAGUGUACUUGUUCGGCAAGGAGCACAUUGCUGAUGCUAUUUAUAAUCUUUCCACCAAGUCUCUUCGUCUCUUCAAAAUAUCUAUCACCAGGAAUUCUGCUCCCAAUAAAGGAUCUCAGCUGGAAGAGCUAUUGAGUUUUUCGGUGCCUUACGAUCUGAGCAUGGGAGGACGUAGUGAACAAUGGGCAGAGGCAUUUCUGGCUAACAUGCAGGAAAAGUGGGGAAGAUGUAAACAAGUUUGGAGGUCUUUGGAGAUGGAAGUUAGCGAAUGCUACCCACAAGCCAUUGUUUUGUAAUAAUAUACUACCUUAAGCAUCUCUUCUCUCUCCUAGGUUCCAUGACAAGAUUAUAACUCUUUUCUCUCUUUCUUUCUUUCUUUCUUUUUUUUUUUUUUGAAGUAAAUAUGGAUAAUUUUAAAUAAGGAUCAUUUUGAAGGA